AUUAUUUUUGUAACUAUUGAUUUAAUUUUAAUUAUACGUAUAUUUUAAAUUAAAUUAGAAACUAAUUUUUUCAGAUUUUUUUGUUAUUUUGUUUUUGUUUUUUUAUGCAAGAACGUGAUCAUCACUAACAGAUGGUGACGGGUUGAAGUAGUUAUUGAUGAUUAUUGAUCAUAAUCGGAUAAUUGUUAUUAGGAAGGGGAGGUCAGGGCAGGAGAUGGCACAUGGGGUUUGUUGCCAUGGUGAUAACCGGAGUGAUUUAUCCCCUUAUUAUCGGGCCCUAUGCAUUCAAUAAUUUAUUCAUUCACAGAUUCACUUUGUUCAUGCUCCUCUUUCUCUUUCCCUCCCCUUUUCACUUCCGCCCUUCAUCCUCUGUUCUCCUUCCUUUUUGCCUCCCUCUUUUCUCCUUCUUCUGGCUUUUUUUCUCCAUCCAUCUCUUCCUCUGUCUUUCAGGUCAGCGAGAGCCAGCAGCAGCAGCAGCAGCAGCAGCAGCAGCAGCAGCUCGGUGUGAAGAGCAGAUCCUCCCUCUGCAUUCUCCUCUCCUCCGACUCUGCGAUGCUCUCCUCACUUCCAUAUGUUGGAAAACACACUCGUCUUAUUUUAGCAACACUGCCUUCCUCCUCCUCCUCCUCUUCCUCCUUCUCUCCUGCCCUCCUCUCUUUCUGAGUUUUUUGGCUUUUUUUUUUUUGUCAAACACGCUGGAAGAUGAAGCGUGGGUCGAGUGUGCUGCAGCCUCCCUCGGAUGCAGCCAAACGCCGCUCACACCCCGCCAGCACGCACUCCAAGACGCGCACCAGCGACGCCGCUCGCUCCCACAGUGAGAGCACGCCGGGCACAUGCGCCGCUGGUUCGAGUCCGUUCCCGGCGGCCACCUCUCUGUUCAGCCCUGAUGUCAGCACCAAGAUGGCGUCUGACCUCCUCAUCAGGCUGUCAGAAGCCACCCAGAAAACUCACAUGCUUCCUGGGAGUGUGGAGGAUCCAGGGCAGCAGGAAGAACCGGGCGUGGCCUUGUCGCCAGACGGGCCCGGCGCGAGUCCAGAACCGCCAUCCCUCACUCAUACUCCUGACAGCAGCACAGCAGCCGACACGCUGGCUUCAGAUCUGCUCAGGAAGUUAGCAGAGCGCCAGGAAGUGAGCAGCCAUGUGUUACGGGUCAAAGAGGAAGAGGAGCCCAUGGACAUUGACACUAUGGCUCAAAACCAACAAAUCAAAGAGGACAUUCCUCAUUCUACGCUAAGGAUGGAAUGCCAGCAUCUCUUCACCGUUAAAACCGAGGAGCACGGUCUCCAUGGGAACAGACUGGCUGACCCGUGCCUCCUCGGAUCUAGAAUGUCAGACCAGUACUUCCUCGGACUCCAAACAGAGGACAGGCUUUGCGGUGGAAGCUUCCAGACUGCUUCAAAGUCUCACCCCGACGCCCCGAAGGCUAACAAGUGUCAUUUACGAAUGAAAGUGGAGGAUUGUACCGUCUUCGGAGCCAGAAUGGAUUCCCACCUUCUGCCUGGAGCCGGCAUGGAGGACCAGCUGUCUGUAAAAGCAACAGUUGCAGAGAGGCCUGUAUCAGGUCCAAAGACCAGCAACAAGUUCCUGCCCGCAGCCAAGAUGGCCGCCCAGCUUUUCCCUGUGGCUCCAACGGACGAGCAGCUAUUCUUCGGAGCCAAGAUGGAGGACCAAUGCCUCCGAGCCGUCCUGUGGCAGGACAUGUCGGUCAACCUGGCCUCCACGCUGCUGCAUCAGCUCUCAGAGAGAGCCGGUAAGUCCAGCAGCCAGCAGGUGGACAGGAUGACUCCGCCCACUAGAAACAG